UUGACCAUGAAUGUUUCUGUACCUUUGUUAGCUUAUGAACAUGAACAUGAAGAUCAAGAUCAAGAAGAACCUACUGAUGUGUUCAUUUCGUGUUUAACUCGGUUUGGUGUUGGUAACUUUUCGACUCUUUUGAGCUCGAAUAAUGACUCCUCGUCAUCGGUUUACUACGAGCUUCUUAAUUUCUCGAUUCAGAAUCUUCGGUUUUCGGGUUUGGGGUUACCUAAACCGGCUGUUAUUGUGUUCCCGGAGACGAAGGAGCAGUUGGUGAAAACGGUUGUGUGUGCUCGAGAGUCGUCGCUAGAGAUUAGGGUCCGGGGUGGUGGUCAUAGCUACGAGGGGGUGUCGUCCGUGGCCAUGGACGGGCAUCCGUUUGUGGUGAUAGAUCUUACAAGGCUGGACCGUGUUUCGGUGGAUGUGAACUCGGGUACCGCGUGGGUAGAAGCGGGUGCGACACUUGGUCAAACGUAUUGUGCGAUAGCGGAGUCGAGCAUUGUCCAUGGUUUCUCGGCGGGUUCAUGCCCGACUGUUGGCAUGGGUGGUCACAUUUCGGGUGGUGGGUUCGGGUUAUUGUCAAGGAAAUAUGGCUUGGCGGCCGAUAAUGUAGUUGAUGCGGUUUUAGUAACUGCUGAGGGGGAGUUGCUAAACCGCGCCGCGAUGGGAGAGGAUGUUUUUUGGGCGAUACGAGGUGGUGGAGGUGGGGCUUGGGGAAUUGUGUACGCUUGGAAUGUUAAAUUAUCAAGUGUACCAGAAAUAGUCACUUGUUUUAUCGUGUCUAGACCAGGCACGAAAGGACAAGUGGCCGAUCUAGUAAAUAGAUGGCAACAUGUUGCACCUAAAUUGCAUGACGACUUCUACCUAUCGUCUUUUGUUGGUGCGGGUUUGCCUGAACGGAAGAACAAACCUGGCAUAUCGGCUACGUUCAAAGGGUUCUACUUGGGACCGAAAACCAAAGCAUUAUCGAUCAUAAACCAAACUUUCCCGGAGUUACGAGUAGUUGAAAAUGACUGUAAAGAAAUGAGUUGGAUCGAGUCUGUUCUUUUCUUCUCGGGAUACGGAAAUCAAAGCACAGUUUCCGACUUGAAAAACCGGUUCUUACAAGACAAACUAUACUACAAGGCCAAAUCAGACUAUGUCCAGAAACCAAUUCCAAGAUUCGGCCUAACCACAGCACUUGACAUACUCGAGAAACAACCAAAAGGGUAUGUAAUUCUCGAUCCGUAUGGUGGGGUAAUGGAAACAAUAAGUAGUGAUUCGAUUCCUUUUCCUCAUAGAAAAGGGAAUAUCUUCACUAUUCAGUAUCUAGUAGAAUGGAAAGAAACCGAUAAUGACAAAACCAAUGACUAUAUAGCAUGGAUACGGGGCUUUCAUGGCUCGAUGACACCUUACGUAGCACGAGAUCCACGAUCUGCGUAUGUUAACUACAUGGAUGUUGAUCUAGGAGUGAUGAACUGGAUCAAAACUAGGGUCGAGUCAAGCGAUGAUGAUGCAGUUGAGAUAUGUCGGAAAUGGGGAGAGAGGUAUUUUGGUAACAACUACAAUCGACUGGUGAAAGCGAAGACACAAAUCGAUCCGUACAACGUUUUUAGGCAUCAACAAAGUAUCCCUCCAAUGUCUUUGGAGAACAAGAAUCUAAAGGGAAGUAUGUUGAGUGAGUAAUGUUAGGAGUAAGUGGUGUGAAUCAGAUUGUCCAUUUUCCUUUUUACUAUGUAAAAUUUUGUGAAGUACCCUACAAACACCUUUAGUUUUCUUUC